GAAAACAUCUAUUUCAAACACAUUCCUUUCCUUCUUCUUUUGUUUCCUGGGAAAGCAGUUGAAUUUGGAAAUCUAUAAACAAACCCAAAAGGGAAUGCGCGUCCUUAACAUAAGUCAAAAUGCGAGAUCCAAUCCAAGUCUUCGUUCAAAGCCUUAAUUUGUAGAGACCAUUUCAAAUACCCGGAUAUUCAUGUAAACCUUUUCUCUAUUUUACCAGCUUCUUCCAUACUCUAUUUUCAUCAUAUUCUUGGUGUUGGAUUUCUGGGACAAAGUUCACACUUUUGGGUGCCAAAGUUGCCUAGAUUACAAACUGGGAUUACAAUAUAGAAACCUUUGUGCUUAUAUUACCCUUGAAGAGUUAGCCUUUCUGGUUUUAUCUGUUUCAAGCUUUUUUCUCUCAAAAUUCUACACAUUUAUUAUUCUUUCUCUGUCUAAUACCAAAUUUUUUUAUUCUUCUUUUACUGGGGUUCUGAGCUUCUGGCUGAGAAACUUUUUUUUUUUGUUGGGCUUUCCCUGGGGUUCUGUUCUUAUAAACUGGGAUUUUCCCCCCUCGUUUGGGUGUCUGUGUUUAAUGUUUGUGAAUUUUUGGGGGGUUGUGGAACUGGGUUUUUGUUGUCCUUGAAGAACCAAGCUGUAUUUAUCAGUGAGGAAUUGCUUUACAAGGAGCUGCAGUAGCUGUUACCUGUUAUUUGCACUAGGCUUGUUUUCAAAAUUAUAUAGGUGGGUUUGUGUUGGUCUUGGUAUUGGGGUUAGCUUGAGCUUGUAGUAGUGUGAGAGGGACAUAGACACAGAGAGAAUGAGGGGAGGUGGCAGAAGGAGAAAGCUGCGUUUCAGCAAGAUCUAUUCUUUCACUUGUGGUAAAUCUUCUUUGAGGGAUGAACAUUCACAGAUUGGGGGACCAGGAUUUUCCAGAGUGGUUUACUGCAAUGACCCAGAUUGUUUUGAUGCUGAGAUUCGCAAUUAUGGAGACAAUUAUGUCAGUACUACAAAGUAUACACUUGCUACUUUCUUGCCAAAAUCUUUGUUUGAGCAGUUCAGGAGGGUGGCCAACUUCUACUUUUUAGUCAUUGGAACUUUAGCCUUCACUCCUCUGGCUCCAUACACGGCUGUCAGUGCCAUCAUCCCUCUUAUUAUCGUCAUUGGGGCGACCAUGGUUAAAGAGGGUAUCGAAGAUUGGCGUCGAAAACAGCAGGAUAUUGAGGUGAACAAUAGAAAAGUUAAAGUACAUAAAGGUAACGGGGCUUUUGAUUAUACUCCUUGGAAGAAUCUGAGAGUGGGAGAUAUAGUGAAAGUAGAAAAGGAUGAAUUCUUUCCAACGGACCUCCUCUUGCUUUCAUCUAGUUAUGAUGAUGCAAUCUGCUAUGUUGAGACCAUGAACCUUGACGGGGAGACAAAUUUAAAGUUAAAACAAGCAUUGGAGGUAACUUCGUCCUUACAUGAGGACUCUAACUUGUGCGAUUUUAACGCGGUUGUUAAAUGUGAAGACCCGAAUGCAAAUUUGUACUCAUUUGUUGGAACUAUGGAGUUUGAAAAGCAACAGUUUCCCCUCUCUCCUCAACAGCUUCUCCUCAGAGACUCUAAACUCCGAAAUACCGACUACAUAUAUGGAGUUGUUAUCUUCACUGGUCUCGACACAAAGGUUAUUCAAAAUUCUACAGAUCCCCCUUCAAAAAGAAGCAGAAUUGAGAAGAAGAUGGAUAAAAUUAUCUACUUUUUGUUCUUUAUUUUAUUUACUAUGGCAAUGGUUGGAUCUAUUUUCUUUGGGAUUGCAACCAAAGAUGACUUAAACAAUGGGAUCAUGAAAAGGUGGUAUCUCAGGCCAGAUGAUUCUACAAUUUUCUUUGAUGCUAAAAGAGCUCCAUAUGCAGCAGUUUACCACUUUUUGACUGCCCUGAUGCUGUAUAGCAACUUUAUCCCCAUCUCCUUGUAUGUGUCAAUAGAAAUUGUGAAAGUUCUUCAGAGCAUCUUCAUCAAUCGAGAUAUUCACAUGUACUAUGAGGAAGCUGACAAACCAGCACAUGCGCGUACCUCAAACUUGAAUGAGGAACUCGGCCAAGUUGACACAAUUCUCUCAGAUAAAACUGGAACUCUGACUUGCAAUUCAAUGGAGUUCAUUAAGUGUUCUGUGGCAGGGAUAGCUUAUGGCCGAGGUUAUACAGAGGUUGAGAGGGCUAUGGAUAGGCGAAAUGGUUCACCCUUGGUUCAUGAAAGUAUAAACAAAGAGGCCAAUGUCCAGGAUUCUACUGAUACAAAGCCACCCAUUAAAGGCUUCAAUUUUAAAGAUGAAAGGAUUAUGAAUGGAAAUUGGAUUAAUGAGCCACAUGCAGAAUACAUCCAGAAGUUUUUCAGUUUAUUAGCAAUCUGUCAUACAGCCAUUCCGGAAGUUGAUGAAGAUACUGGGAAGGUUUUGUAUGAGGCUGAAUCUCCUGAUGAAGCAGCAUUUGUGAUUGCAGCAAGAGAACUUGGUUUUGAAUUCUACAAAAGGACGCAAACAAGCAUAUCACUGCGAGAGUUGGAUCCAGUGUCUGGCAAGAAAGUUGAGAGGUCAUAUACACUUCUGAAUGUUUUAGAGUUCAACAGCACAAGGAAGCGAAUGUCUGUGAUUAUAAGAAAUGAGGAAGGAAAAGUACUAUUGCUUUGUAAAGGUGCUGACAAUGUCAUGUUUGAGAGGCUUGUCAAAAAUGGUACGGGGUUUGAAGAAGAGACCAUGGAGCAUUUAACUGAGUAUGCUGAUGCAGGGCUGAGGACCUUGAUACUUGCCUAUCGUGAACUUGAGGAAGAUGAAUACAGAGAAUUCAAUCAAAAAUUUAUCAAGGCCAAGAAUUCAAUUAGUGCAGAUCGCGAAACAUUGAUUGAUGAAGUAACAGAUAAGAUUGAGAGAGAUCUAAUUCUUCUUGGUGCAACUGCUGUUGAGGACAAACUCCAAAAUGGGGUUCCUGAUUGCAUUGACAAGCUUGCCCAAGCAGGAAUUAAGAUUUGGGUUUUGACCGGAGACAAGAUGGAGACUGCCAUCAACAUUGGGUUUGCCUGUAGCUUGCUUAGACAAGGAAUGAAGCAAAUUAUAAUCAAUUUGGAGUCUCCUGAAAUCCAAGCGUUGGAAAAGACAGGAGAUAAGGAAGCCAUCGCCAUGGCAUCAAAAAGAAGCGUUCUCCAUCAGAUAACUAAGGGAAAGGCUCAGCUUACAGCAUCAGGCGGGGCCUCUGAGGCAUUUGCAUUGAUCAUUGAUGGAAAAUCACUUGCCUAUGCUCUGGAGGAUGAUAUAAAGAAAAUGUUUCUAGAUCUUGCGAUUGGCUGUGCAUCUGUUAUUUGCUGCCGUUCAUCACCAAAACAGAAGGCACUGGUCACUAGACUGGUCAAAUCUGGAACCGGGAAAACGACACUAGCUAUUGGUGAUGGAGCCAAUGAUGUGGGAAUGCUCCAAGAAGCAGAUAUUGGGAUUGGAAUUAGCGGUGUUGAAGGAAUGCAGGCGGUCAUGUCAAGUGAUAUUGCCAUUGCACAAUUUCGAUAUUUGGAGCGUCUGCUGCUUGUGCAUGGGCAUUGGUGUUACAGAAGGAUCUCAUCAAUGAUUUGCUACUUCUUCUACAAGAACAUCGCAUUUGGUUUUACUCUCUUCUUAUACGAGGCGCAUACAUCCUUCUCUGGACUGCCCGCAUACAAUGACUGGUUUUUGUCACUGUACAAUGUAUUCUUCUCAUCAUUUCCGGUGGUCGCUAUGGGAGUUUUUGACCAGGAUGUAUCUGCCCGGUUUUGUCUCAAGUUUCCUCUGUUAUACCAAGAAGGGGUGCAAAAUGUUCUCUUCAGCUGGCGUAGAAUACUCGGAUGGAUGCUGAAUGGUGUUACAACUGCCGUGAUUAUUUUCUUCUUCUGCACAAAAGCGCUAGAACACCAGGCCUUCAACAAUGAAGGGAAAACUGUAGGGGGGGACAUUCUUGGAGCAACAAUGUAUACAUGCAUCGUUUGGGUUGUGAACUUGCAGAUGGCACUUUCCAUUAGUUACUUCACCUUGAUACAGCACCUUUUCAUAUGGGGCUCGGUUGCAUUAUGGUAUCUUUUUCUCUUGGCAUUUGGAGCCAUGUCGCCCUCAGUCUCCACCACUGCCUACAAGGUCUUUGUCGAAGCCCUUGCCCCCGCCCCUUCCUUCUGGCUCAUCACAUUCUUCGUGCCAAUCUCAGCUCUAAUCCCGUACUUCACAUACUCAUCAAUUCAGAUGCGCUUCUUCCCUAUGUACCAUAGAAUGAUACAGUGGAUAAGGCAUGAGGGCCACUCAAAUGACCCUGAAUUUUGUAAUAUGGUGCGGCAGCGAUCCUUGCGGCCAACCACCGUGGGUUUCACAGCACGCUUAGCAGCAAGGACCAGCCGUACAAAAGAUAGACAACGUAACCGUAGGUGAUUUUUGAAAGUUUGUUCUUUGGUACUGGUACAGUACAGUAGGUCUCAGAGAAUGCACUUCAUCAAUCUCUGCCAGUUUUUGUAACCACUGCCUUUUGUACAUGAUUGGGUUGCACAUGCAUAUACAUAUACAUACAACAAAAUUUUUUGGUUCAA